AUGCCCCCUCGAGUCAACAUCCCCCCCCUGACACGGGCAUCUCUUCUCCUCACAAUAUCCUUAUCCAUCAUCACAGCAACACUCCGGUACCGGGACUUUCUCUCACGUCAAACCCCCGACUCAACGACUUCCCCGGACUUACCAGCAUCUGAGGGUGAAAUACCCGAGGAGUACUUCACCAUACCCUACCUUACGGUGGUCCCCGCAGAAUCUCUCCCCUUCCCGUGGACCUUCUUAACAGCGGCAUUCAUUGAAUCAAAUAUCUUUACUCUUAUCAUCACACUCACAACUCUUUUCUACGGUGGGAAAUACCUUGAGCGCGCGUGGGGUAGCUCUGAGUACGGGAAAUUUAUUCUCGUUGUGGGAAUCAUACCAAACUUCCUAGCGUUCGUUAUAUACCUCAUCACAUUUGCUGUUACUGGGGAUCCAUCAGCCAGCUUUGUCACCAUCUGUGGCGGGGUAGCAUUGCAAGCAGGGUUUUUGGUGGCGUUCAAACAGCUAGUCCCCGAACACACGGUUGACGUGUUUCGCGGCAUCAUCAAAAUUCGGGUGAAACACUUUCCAGCACUGUUUCUCCUUGUCAACACACUAUCGGGACCACUGUUUGGGACGGACGUGGCUGCGAUACUUGCUUGGUUAGGGUUUGGCGCGGGAUGGUGCUAUCUGCGCUUUUAUAAGCGCUCAUUCCCGGAUCUAGGGAGCAACCAGGCGCCUAGCCUUAAGGGAGAUGCAAGUGAGACCUUUGCGAUUGCUUACUUCUUUCCGGACCCAUUAAGUCGGCCUAUUGCAAUUGUCUCGGAGGUCGUAUACAAUCUUCUGGUCACAAUCAGGGUUUGCACACCAUUUUCUGCGGCAGAUAUUUCAGCGGGCAAUACUAGGGCAGAGGCACGUGGUGAUGCAAGGCUGGAAACUUUGUUUGGCGGUGGUCACGGAGGGCAUUCAAGGAGUGGUAGCACGAGUGGGGCACCAGUCCCAGGUAGCGCAAGAGCUGAAGCGGAGAGAAGAAGAGCUUUGGCGUUAAAGGCCCUGGACCAGAGACUACAUGCGGCAGCUAGUAAGCCCCAGGAUGCUGAUAACGGCGGGGAGGGAAGCUCAACUCAAAAUCCAUAA